UUUCAUAUUUGAGCAAGAGAAUAGGAAUAAAGGCUUGAUUAGAAGUUGUCAAAAAAUUAUCUGCAAACAUGUUGGAUCAGGAGAUGCCUGGUGCUCAGGACACCAUUUAUUUAUGCAACUUUCGCGUGUCCGUUGAUGGCGAGUGGCUUUGCCUGAAGCAGCUACAAGACGUUGAAUUUGGAAUGCCCGAGUCCAUGCAGCGAUCACAGUCACCACCCUUAACAUUAAGUGCGCGUGAACCUGUAAUUAUUGAGCGGAGCAACCUGGUGAAUAUUUCAAAAUUGAUAGUGAAAGAACUUAUUGAAACUUCUUUAAAAUAUGGACGCAUGCUCGAUUCUGAUCACAUGCCUCUACAGCACUUCUUUAUCGUCCUUGAACACGUGCUGAGACACGGCUUGCGACCUAAGAAGGGUUUGCUAGGCCCUAAGAAGGAAUUGUGGGAUAUACUCCAACUGAUUGAAAAAUACUGUCCUGAUGCGUAUGACAUGACCGCCAGUAUUCGCGAUUUACCUACAGUUAGGACGGCAAUGGGUAGAGCUCGAGCUUGGUUGAGAAUGGCUUUAAUGCAGAAGAAACUUGCGGAUUAUUUGAAAGUUCUAAUUGAUCAUAAAGAUGAGUUGCUUUCUGAAUAUUUCGAACCGGAUGCCUUAAUGAUGAGCGAAGAGGCGAUCGUAGUAAUGGGAUUAUUAGUCGGACUUAAUGUGAUAGACUGCAAUUUUUGUGUUAAGGAAGAAGAUCUCGAUUGCCAGCAAGGCGUGAUAGAUUUUUCUCUUUAUCUUAGGAAUAGUAAUCACAUUCCUGGUGAAUCUCCCGAUGAUGAAUUAGAAAAUGAUAAUAUGACUACGGUACUCGAUCAAAAGAACUAUAUUGAAGAGCUCAACAGACAUUUGAAUGCAACAGUUCAGAAUCUACAAGCGAAAGUCGAAUCUCUCACAACAACCAAUGCAUUGAUGAAGGAAGACUUGUCGAUAGCAAAGAAUAAUACUCUUUUUCUGCACUAUGAAAAUCAACAAUUGAAAAAAGAAUUAGGAACAGAUAUUAAAGAAUCAUACGAGGAUGGAAAACCAUCGAUCAAAAUAACAGAAACAACAACUGAAAAUGAAGAGUUGAGGACGAGCUUAGAAACACAGAAACGGCUAAGAAGCGAAACUGAGAAGGAAUUACAAUUGCAGAUUAGUAUGAAAUCUGAAAUGGAAGUUGCUAUGAAAUUACUAGAGAAGGAUAUUCAUGAAAAGCAGGAUACGAUAAUAUCAUUAAGGCGACAACUCGAUGAUAUUAAGCAAAUCAACCUUGAAAUGUACAAAAAGUUACAGGAAUGCGAGAGCUCUCUUAGGCAUAAAACCGAAUUGAUAUCUAAAUUGGAAGCCAAAACGUUUUCAAUGACUGAUACCAUCCAAAAAAUGGAUGAAAAGUGUAAGACGAUUGAUGACGUGCGUUCAGGGGCGGAGGAACGUGUGAGGAUCCUUGGAGCCGAAGCAGCCGAGAAGGAGGCACGUGUCACUGAUAUUGAACAAGAGUUGCGCAUCGAACGUGAAUGGCGAACUUCGUUGCACGAGUCAGCGAUCGGCAACACCGAGAAAAUAUCACAACUUCAUCAAGAAAUCGACCAGCUGAAAAUAGAGUCCGAGAAGUACAAAUGCCUGCAAGAAGAGCAUUACGCCCUGAAGGAGAUCUGCUCGGAGCAGGAGGUAACUUUGGAGGAGCUCGGAGUCCAGCUGAGCAUGGCCAAGUUGGCGGCGGUCGAGUUGCGCGAGCACCAACAGCCCGAUGAAGCUGGGACGGCGACCUGGGCCAACGACCGGAUGGUCACUCACUGCAAGAGCUGUAGCAGGGAAUUCAACAUUACUCGUCGCAAGCAUCAUUGUCGAAACUGCGGCAGCAUCUUUUGUCACGCGUGUAGCGACAACAUGACUUCACUGCCGAAUUCAGGAGCAAAAGCAGUCCGGGUCUGCGACCAGUGCCACGUCUUUCUUGUUGGGCAUUAUUCCCUCAUGUAGUAACCCCCGACGUCCAUGAGCUGCAAUUAAUCGAGCAAAUCGAUCGAUCCUAUGGAUAUUAUUUGAAAGUAUGUACAUUGUGCGUGUGCACAUGCGCGCGCGUAU